AUGAGGAGACAGUUGUCGUGGCUGCAGGGUUUUUGUUUUUUCGCUUUGUUGUGGGCCGUUUAUCUGAUAGUAAACAUAAACAAUACGAGUGACGAUCCGAAACAUAACAAUUUGACUGAAGAAAAUCGGCUGAACCAAACGUUAACAGACGCAUUUCUCGAUAUCGCCGAGUUGCAUGACAACAACACCGCACUAAGUCGACGAGUUAUCGAUUUGCGUAAAAAGUAUUAUACUUCUUCAUUCUAAUAAUAUUAUAGUAGUUAGAUGAAAAUUAAAUAUACUCAUAAUAUAAGGUUUAGAAGUUCUACAUAUACGUAUUAUAUGUUAUAAAAUGUCAUAAUUAAUAUUUUUUAAAUUUGGCUCAUACAGUAUAAUUUCUGAUACUUUAUUUUUAUACAAACUCAACAUGUUGUUAUAAGUUUAUUUUUUAUAUCACAGCCGUUGAGACCAUCCUGCCGAACAAAGUCGCUUCCAGUCUUCUCUGUUCACUAUACCACCUUCCAGUAUAAAUUUCCUUAUUCCUCUCCUAAGAUUCUUGAAAAAUCCUACUUUAUAUAAUAUAAUCUUUAAAACGAAACUUUGGCCUACCUAGUAGCCAGUUGGAUUUUCCUGGCAUACUUUUAUAUUAUGAGUGGAGCAAAGAAGCUUAUAAUUUUAAAGAGAUGUUUAUUUUUUUUUUUGUGUGAACAACUUUUCUAUCAGAAGACUUGCUCAGAUUUUUAAGUAUAGCACCUCUUCUGAAAAGAAAUUGGUGUAUGGUAGGUACUUUAGGGAGGCCAUUUUUCGAUUUUCUUAGGAGUUUUCUCAUAAAAUUUGAAAGACUGUAUAAAAACGGAAAAAUAUAAGAAAUGUUGGUAUUAGUUGAAAUAUAUUACGGCCUUCUUUUUUUCUGUGGACAACUUUUCUACCAGAAAUUUUGCUUCAAUUUUUAAUGAUAGUAAUGUUUUAGAAAUUUCACUAGGGAGGUGCUUUAAACAGGUAAUUCUUCGAUUUUUUCAAGAGUAUCCCAGCAAAUGUAAACCACUGGGAAAAAACAUUGGGAAACUGGGAAAACGUAAAAAUAUUGGGAAGAUCGGUACAACAUUAAAGAAAUAUUAUUAAAGAAAAUAUAUAAAGCAUAUUUAAUUAUUUUACUAUAAAAUAACAUAUAUAUUGUUGACAAAGCAUCACUAUCAACUCAACACCGCUCAGAAUAGUUUUUUCGUAACCAAUGGUUUAUCGUUGCUUACAGGUGUACAUAAAUUAUUUAUAAAAAUGGCUGCACCCAUCCCCAUUAUCUUAGAUGAAGUUAAAAAUGUUCGUAGGGACUAUAAAUUAGAUCAAAAACAAUUUAUUUGCUUUUUUUAAUACCUAGUUGAAAAUGUUUCUUCUGUGUCACUAUCGUAUGAGCAUACAAUGAUAAUAAUAGUAUAUUUUAUUAUUUUCAGAUUAGAAUACCUCAGAACACAAGUAUGUACCUACAUUCACACUGAACUGUCGAUAAAAAAAAAAAAUAUAUAAUAAAACGUUGGAAAUACAUAAUGAUAAUAAUAAAAUUAAUAUUAUGAUGAAAAUAUCAUUUUAACAGAAUUCCAACAAAACCGGGCCGAAAGAACCAUCCGAAAAAUACGAACUAUUACGUCGGCGUAUUUAUUCGAACACGAAUGAAUUUUGGUAUUACGUAAAUGCCGAAUUGAAACUGUUGGUCGGAGAAGUUAAAAACUUGAGUUGCGCACAGAAAAUGAUAAAAAUAACGGACGAACAUUUUAGAUCAUUGAUAACCGAUGUUGCUAAACUGGCCGAAGUUGACGGACACGAUCAGUGGCGACAACGUGAGCAUCAAUAUUUAAGCGAUUUGAUCGAACGGAGAUUGAUGUACUUGCAGAAUCCGCCAGAUUGUUCGAAGGCAAAAAAACUCGCGUGCCGAUUCGUCAGUGUGAGUUUCGUAAAAAAAUGAUCACGUUCCGCUGAACAUUUAGAUUGCGUUUGAAAGAUCGUUAGUCAAAAUUUAUGGGUCUGUAAUCACUAAUAUAUGAUAGGUAUCUUUAUCAAUAGAGCUAUAAAAACUUACCUAUUUAUCUUUGGUAAGUUGAGUUAACCCGAAGUUAACAACUCUGUUACUGAAUGAUAGCGAGGAUUCAAAACUCAAAUGUCUUGAAUAAAACCAAAAUAGGGUUAGGUUAGAUUAGUCGAGUAAGUUGUUUAAUUUUCGAACGCAUUCAAGAAUGUCGUUAAAAACACUUAAGAAAAACUGGUGCCAAUUUUUCACAUAUGGUCCAAUUUUAAAAAAAUUGACAAUUAUUUUUGAAAUUUAACUGACCACCUUAAAGAUAAGACUUUUUCAUUAUUAUACUGCCUGAUACCCACUUACGAGUAAGAUAUAGGCUGGUUAAAGGUUAAAGGACAGAAAUGACUUCAUAGGAAAAAGGAUAACUUAUUGUUAAUAUAAUAUUUUGUUACCAUUUUUUUUUUUUUAUUGAUAAACAACAUUAUACUGAUUAUAUUGAACUCAGAUUAUUAAUUUAAUUCCAAAUAAUAAUAUAGAUUAAUUAAAAUAAUAAUAAUAUUAUUAAGUUUGAGAUGAAAAUAUUGAAAAACAAAGUUCAAUGCAGUCUUUAAAAGAUUUUCCUUUUUUCCAAAAAAAAAUAAUCUUCGAAAUCGGACCAUUCUAAGAGCAUAAGCAUAAGACAUUUUACUCGCAUGUUUUUGAGCCAAAAAAUGCGCUGACACAGAGUAUUAACAGAUAUCUGAUAAUUUUUAAGAAGAUAUUAUACUAGCCAUUAUUUGACUGUAAAAUGGUUUUGGUACUGGAAAAUUAGUUAGCACCACAUUUAUAUAGUCAAUAAAAUGUUACAAACAUUUCAGAACACGUAAUGAACUUUAUCAAUCUGUUUAUUUUUUUCUUAGAUUAAUACAAUUUUAGAGUUAUAUCAUACUUGUUUGUAAACUUUCUGGUUUGUUUUUUUUUUUUAGUUUUUUAAAUUUACCCUUCAAAAAAUAGUGGGUAAUGUUAUUAAAAAAAUUGAGCAUAAUACGACUUAGAUAAAGUUCUUUCCUAUAUAAUCUAUUCUAAAAUUUGUUUUUGUGUAACCUAUAUACACAAAUAUGAAAAUGAUAAUCUUGGACUUGGACUACAUCUGAAACUAAUCAUUAAAUCGAGAGUAGAGAGUUACCAUAGGCAUUUAAUUUGAUACGGUCAACAUGAUACGAUGGAUAAUUGUGAUUAAAGCGUUGGCGUACAACUGAUGAUCCGGAUAAAAUAUAAACUAAAAAUAUUUAUUAUUAAUAAGGACAUGGGGAGAAACCAAUUUAUUUCACAAGUCAAUUGAGACAACUAGUUUACUAUAAAUAUGAAAAAAGUAAAAAGUCUUGCGUGAAACGGUUUUUGUAAUAAUAAAUAUUUUAGUUAGGUUAGGUUAGGUUAGGUUAGGUUCAUGAUUACACAAUAAAUAGGUACUUAUGAUAACAACACGGCCUCUUUUAAAUUUAUUUUAAAGUGAAUUUGAAUAUUUUUGAGUAAAAUAAUUUUCAUUUUUGCCAACAAUUUCGUAAAAAUGACCUAAACGCAAAUCCUUUUAAAUUUAAUGUAUAUCUGUACACAACAAUUAAUCUUUGCCACCUAACGAAAAAGGAUCAGAAUGAAGUUCAAUUAUACAAAUUUGAAAAGGCCGUAAUACGAGUAUUUACAUUUUAAAAAUAACACAUUUUGUAAAUGUUCCGGUUUUCCUAAGUUUUUUCCUAGUUUUUCUCAACUAUCAUGAAAAUUGCUUGAAGAUCAAAAACUAACCUCCUAGAAAAUACCAUCCAGACAAAAUUUAAUUUCAGAAAAGAUGCUAAACUUAAAAAAUGAAGAAAAAUUACUGGUAGAAAAGUUUUUCGCAAAAAAAAAUAAACAUCAUUGUAAAACUAAUACAUUCAUCACUUCACUCAGAAUCCGAAAUAUUAUUCCUUAUAGAAAAAUCGGUGUGGAUUUGAGUGCCGGUUACAUCAUCUGGUUGACUGCAUGAUCGUGGCUUAUGCUACCGGACGAACGAUGGUCAUGGACGACCCACAGAGUUGGAACUUUACCAGCGACGAAUGGAAUGCGUUAUUUUUGCCUUUGAGCGACACUUGCGAAUCGGCGGAUGGAGAAACGGUCUCCCCUUGGCCAGGUAGUGUAUUAACGUUCCCUACUAAACGAGUCAUGGUUACAAAUGGAAUCAUCUGAUUGUCCAGAUAUGCCGUUGUUCGUUUUAUAUAGAUGCAUUAUCAUGCAACUCUAAACUCAACAAAGUACUUUCUGAUAGUAAUAUUCAACAUUGUCGGGUUCGAACCAACGAUUAUAGACCAAAUUCGUUGCGUUUUUUCCAUACUUUAUUUAAUCCCGUAGUGAUUUUUAUAGAUUAGGUUUAAGGUUAACACUUAUGACACUAUAACUUCCUUGAAACAGUAUCAAACUUGUACCAAUAGUAAAAAAUACUUAACAGAAUAGCAUGUUUAUUAAUAUUAUCAUUGAAAUCAUAUUAAUGAUAAUAUAAAUUUGUGAUAAGUUGUAAAGCCAAUCAGAGAAUACCAUUUAUGCCUACGACUCGUUUUAAGUAGUUAACGUUAAUAAGCGACCCCGUAAGCCGAUCCCUAUUUACUUAUUCAAAACAUCAUCAAAAUAUUAUGUUUUUAGGUGACAAAAGCACUCAAGUAGUAACACUUAACCUGCCCAUGGAUAACUAUGAUAGCCAUCAGAAACCUCCAUUAUUCCCACAAGUACUACCUGAAGACUUGGCCACGAGAAUAAACGUCUUACAUGGAGACCCGGUAACCUGGUGGAAGGGCCAAUUUCUCAAGUACAUAUUUCGGGCACGAAAAUCUACCGUCGACAAAUACAACGCGUACAUCAAUCGCGUCAAAUUCCAAAAACCGUGUGUCGGGUAAAAGAUUAUUUGACAUCGAAAUGUAAUCGAAUAUAGGUUUAUAAUUCAUUUGAACAGUCCAUUAAACAUGUUGUUUGCCUCCAGUUUAAAUAAAACAGAUACUCAAAUCAGGCGAGACUCUAGGUUAAAAAGAAAUUUAUACUAAAGUUCAACUCUUCUAUCUUAGGUUUUAGUAAAGUCAUCUAAAAUGUUGUCAAUUUCAUUUUUCUUUACCUUCGUUUUCCUUUGCAUAUUUGGAGUCAGCCACCCCAUCCUAAACUUCCAGGUCUUGACCUAAUCUCCCACUUGGCUGUCCUUGAGUGUUCUCAAAAUUGUGUCAAUUUCAUUAGAAAUAUAAAUUUCUCAAUGUACGUUGAGUUAACACAAAUUCGACCACCUUUUCUUUGAUAUUCUUGAACAAACCCACAUUUCACUCCUCUAAGGGUAAAAAUGUGUAAUUAAAAUUAUUAUUUUAGAAAAAUAGAAAACCUUUAGGACUGAGCCGUUAAUUAUGCCAGUGAUUCAGAGAAAAAAAGACAGGCGGAAAGCUGAGAUACCGCGGCUUCUACGACCCACCCCCCAGCACCUGAAUCCAUGCCUGGCACAAAUAACACAUAUUCGUUUUCAGAGUUCAUAUAAAACAAACCGAUCUAAUCGAUGCAGACGUCACUCUACACGAAUUAAGUGAAUACAUGUAUCACGUCGAAAAAUAUUAUAAACUCAAAGAACUGAACUCAAGUAAACUAUUUGAGAGACGAAUUUAUUUAAGUACAAACGAACCUGAAGUAUUCAACAUAGCCAAACUUAAGCAAGUAAAAAAAAAUAUUACAAAUUUUAAAUUCCGAGCGUAGUGAGGGAGCUAUUGGUUUUACAAAGCUGUUUAUUAUUAUUUUUCGUGGUUCUAGUUUAUGGACACGUUUUUUCUGGUAAAUUUGCUCCAAUUUUUAUGUGUAGCAACGUUUCUGAAAGCUCAAGUUGUCUAGAUGAUACUUUAAAGUUAUCAUUUUUUAAUUUUCGAUGUCAUUUUUAAAUAAAAGCAUUUAAGUGGGAAAACGUACAAUUUCACGAUUUCAUUAUUUUAUAAAAAUACGGACGACGUUUUCUACCAGAAAAAAUGAUUUAAUCGAAAAAUCACAAGAUACCUUUUUUGUUGCCUUAUUGAUUUAAUUUCUCACGAUACUAUUGCCAAAACUUUUGAGCCACUUUUGAGAUUUUAAGAAAAUUUAAUUUUUGGGAGUUUUUAUACUGUAAUUUGAUUAUAAAUACACGUCGACUUGAAAAUUGGUAGUAAUACUUAUAUUAGACCAAAAUCAUCGGGCGGAUAUUUUUUUUUAAUAAGCGUUUUGAAAUAAAAUUUAAAUGAAAAUCGCAAAAAAAAAUUAUGGCACUUUAAAUUAUGUAUUACCGAACUGCGCUCGGAAUCGUCUUUCGUUUAUCGUUGCUUACGGAUAUAAAUGAAAUAACCUUAUGUAUCCUACCUUCCCAAAUUUUCACCUACAACAGUGACCGCUCCCAUCUCCAAUAUUAGCUUUUUUUUAAGUAUUUUUACAUGACUUUAACAAUAACGAGAUUUUUUUUAGAUAUCCCGAAUAUACAAUAAUCGGCGAUCCGGCCAUGUUCCGUAAAACCAGAACUCCCGAAAACCCAAUUGACCCGGAUGAUUCUAUAAUGAAUGCCAUCAUAGACGUACAUUUGUUAUCCCUCUCCGACUACUUAGUCUGUACUUUUUCGUCUAACGUACGUAUCGAGUUAUAUCAGCAGAAUAAUAAAUUGUUUGUUAUUAAUCAUAAAAUCUCCUAUAUUUAUUAACAUUAAUGUAUGGUAGGUAGGUACAGUUAAGUCUUGAGAACUCGAAAUCCAAGGAAUCUAAAAGUUAAGGAAAUUCAUAUUAUAUACCCACUGAGAUCAGGUUAAAUUGAUAAAAUAUAUUUAUUUAAAAUUUAAACUUUUUGCUUGUCUUUUACAAUCAUACGCCACGCUGGCGACCAUUUUUUUUUUUUAUUUUUGUACAAUUAUGUUUUUAAAGUGAAUGUUUAAUAUUUUAAUCUUAAUGUGUAUUUUGGAAGCGCGUAAAAAUCUAGUAUGCAUACAAGUCUUAAAUAUAUAAAUGACAGAUUUCGAUGUCCGUAAAUUAAAUUCUUGAUUCCAAAAUUGUGCAUUCCAGAUUUUUAUUUUAACGCGUAGUUUACAUAAAUUGAAUUGUCUAAAUUUGAAAACUAAAAUAAAAACAAAUUAAUCAUUUCGCAAGAUUUAAUUUAAACAAGUGUGGAUACCAAAUUACAUUGACCUUUUCGAAUUUCGGUGAUCUUAUUAUCCAGUAGGUAUACACAUAUCAAAUAUAUUAUAUUAAUUGAUUCAGUUUUAUUUUUCAAGGAUAAAUAUAUUAUACCAUGCCGUGUUUAUUUUAAAAUUUACAAGUGUAUAUCACUCAAAUAUUAAGUACAAUAGACGUAAUUAUUAUCUAAUUCUAUUCGCAGGCGUGUCGUUUGGCUUAUGAAAUAAUGAACGGUUUCCGACCCUCAGACGCCUCCGCUCUUUUCAAACCGCUGGGCUAUACAUCACAAUAUUAUAGCAACCGAAAACUGCACGUCGCUAUAUUGCCUCAUAGCGCAAACGGAUUGGAAGAGAUGGACCUACGAGUCGGCGAUCAGAUCGAAGUCGCCGGGAAUCGUUGGGGCGGUUUUUCAAAGGGAACAAAUAUAAGAACAAAACAAUUUUUACUCUAUCCUACUUUUAAGGUACGAGCAAUCUGUAAUGCAUAUAUGUAUAAUACUUAUUAUUAUAAGCGAUUGUUAUACAUUUGAUAAACGUAUUUUAUUUUGUUCUUCUAGGCAAUUCCAAAACUGCAAGCGUUACAUUUUGCCACUUAUCCUAAUGUUACUAUGAACAGUGAUGCGCUGCGCGUUGAUGUAUUGAAAAACAACGAAUCAAAUUGA